CUGAGGUCAGGGCUGGUCAAAGGACAUAUAGAGUUUACCGCUUCAUUAGCAACAGUGCUGUCAUUUGGGCUUUUGUCAUGUGAAGAGGUGCAACUCAAACACAGGAUUGCACGUAAGGUAGAAGCUGACCCAUUGAUACAGUCAAUAUGUCGGAGUGGCAAUGGCAAUGGUGGAAAGAAGAAACGUCAACGUUAAACCAGACAAAAAGAGCAGACGACUUUCGCGCGUUGCAGGGACUAUGGGACUUAAUUCGUAUUGGACAUGAGGAUUACCUGAGAUCACCACUUUUUCCAGUUGUCAUGUCGGUGGCUUUCUACUUUACGUGCAUGGUGCCAUUCACCAUCUUUGAUCUUUGGGGCAAAAAUUGGAACUGGAUCCACAAGUACAAGAUCCAACCAGAGAAAAAUGUGACCUGGCCGGCCUGCCGCAAUGCCAUCUUGGUGAUUUUGUGGAAUCACUGUGUGUACAUACUCCCAGCCGCUAUUGGUCAAGCCAUAUGGACUCCACCGACUCCCUUACCGCCUGUGGCACCCACAAUGACAGAGUUUGUACUUGAACAGGUCGUUAUGCUGCUUAUCUUUGAUUUCCAGUAUUUUGUCUGGCACUACACACACCAUCGAGUGAAGUUUCUUUACAAGCAUGUGCACUCCAUUCAUCAUCAGUACUACAGUCCAUUCUGUUGGGUAACACAAUAUCUGAGCCCCUUAGAGCUGAUCACUGUGGGGACGUACACAACCGUUCUACCAUGGGUUUUUAACUGUCAUGUUUUCACCACUUGGAGCUUCAUGAUAGUGAAUAUCAUCAUCAGCGUUGAAGCUCACAUUGGAUACGACUUCCCAUUUGCCCUGCAUAACUGGGACCCAACUGGCAUUAUUGGCGGUGCCCCUAAGCAUGACAUGCACCAUAUGAAACCACAGACCAAUUUUGCUCCUUUUUUCAACCAUUUUGACAAGGCCAUGGGGACUUUCUGGCCAGGACUGCAGGCAGGGGGGAUCAAGAAUAAGAAAUACAUUGAAUUUGAAAAUAACAAGAAAAUGGAAAAGGCUAAGAAGAAAUACUAAGACUUUGACAUAUUCACAAAAAUUGACUUUGGUUUGCAUUAUGAUGAACAAAACUGAACAAAUGAAAACAAAAUUAGACUAUUUUCAACAUGGUUAGAUAAUAGUAAAAUUAUUUCUGUUCAUUUUAUCUAAUCAGAAUGUAGUCAAUAGUGCCAUGGGGAUGAAUUUUGAACAGAUGUAUGAAAAGAUAUGCUGCUUGUUUUUGAGGCAUGAUGGCUGCAGAUUUUAUUAAUUGGGUUCAUAUCCCAAGAAUAAAUUGAAUGCCUGACCUCAAAAAUUGUAGUUUGGGUUUCUAAAUUUUUCAUAUUUUCAUUGCCUUCAUGUAACAACAUUUUGAAGCAACAUUUGUAGUAUUUUACAUUUUACAGAAAUCGUCAUUCCUUUUACACAGUGUGUGAUAUUUUUUCUUAUAUUUUACUUGUAGCUGUAUGGAAAUUUGGUGAUGUUUUCAUUAAACAUAUAUUAUAAUAAUGUUGAUAAUUUCGAUUUAUACCGAUUAACGAUGAUUUUUUCAACAGCAAAAAAGCAGAUAAUGUAUGUGUCAAUUUUUAGACAUUUUCUGUAUUCACUCCACCAGCCUUAUCUGAUAUGUCUAUGCUGGCUCAUUUGUAUGUUAAGUUUCAAUUCAUGUUUUUAAGUUUUCCCAUUUCUUGAAAACAUGUACCUCUAUGAUAGUAAUUUCAGGAAUUGUAUGUAAUUAUUAUAUUUGAAGGAAAUCAUUGACUUUUGAACAAAUAAUUUUUUGUCAUAUAUAACACAGUUGUGUCAAUGUUUUACACAAUGCUUGUUGGGUGGAAAUGUUUACUGAUGUCUUUGAAAAACUUUUAAGUAUAUUUCAAAUUUAGCUUCAGGGUGGCUUAUUUGAUUGCAGAUUACUAAUACCUACAUUCAUUCCAUAUGACUUUUUAUCUUUAAGUCCUACUAUGCAAAUAUCAAUAAUGAUGAUAAGACAGUAUGACUUUUGGCUUU